AUGGUAAGGGCCCUUAAAAGACAGGGUCCCCAAGGCCCCAGCAGCGUAAGCCAACAGGGGGCGCACACGGGGGGCCCCCAGGACUAUGGGAGCCUCCAUAAAGAGGGGCCCAGGGGGCCCCCAGGGCCUCAAAGCCCUCCAUCCGAGGGCCCCAAAGGGGCCCCUUCAGGAGGGGCCCAGAGGGCCCCCCUUGGGCCAGGGGUACCCUGGGCCCUAAGGCCACGGGGGAGCCCCGUGGGGCCCUGGGGGGCCCCCUUUGGGCCGUGGAGAGGGGAGGCUCUAGACCCUGGGGCCAUGGGGGGCCCCCUGGGCCCCCAUGAGGGCCCCGUGGGCCCCCACGAGGGUCCCCUGGGCCCCCACCAGGGCCCCAUGGGGGCCCCACAAGGUCACCAUGGGGGCCCCACGGGGGUCUACGGGGGCCCCACGGGGGCCCCCAUAGGGUACAAAGGGGAUUCAUAG